UCUACCAAUUCGAUCUCUUCCCCCGAAUUCCCAGCAAAGAACGGCUGCAAAGUUCGCACAUCUCGCCAUGGCGAACUCCUCCUCGAUCCUGCAGCAGCUGGGCUGCUUCCGGUCGCUUCUCACCAAGCCCCGGGUAACGCCCGUCAACACCACCGGCCGCCGCAUGCUCACGACCGCUUGGUCCGCCAAACCAGCCCUGAUCCCCUUCCCCAAGGAAUUGCCCGAACAAUUCCACGAUCAAAUACCGAAGCGCUUCCGACCUAAUCUCGCCCCUAAGAAAAUGAAGAUCUACCCGCCCCCGGCGCAGCCCAAGUGCAAGGAUCCGAUCGACUUCAUCGCGCAGACGCAACUGCAGAAGCUGGACCCGUCGGGCAAGCGGCGCGAGCUGUUCGACUACCGGCGGCACGCGCGCAGCGUCAAGCCCGGCGACAUCAUCCGCGUGACCUUCAAGAACGGCGACCCGUUCGCCGGCGUGGUGCUGAGCAUCAAGCUGCGCGGCGCCGACACCUCGGUGCUGAUGCGCAACCAGUUGACGCGCGUCGGCGUCGAGAUGUCGGUCAAGGUGUUUUCGCCGAACGUUGAGAGCGUGGAGAUCGUGCAGCGCACGCAGAAGCGGAAGCGUAGAGCGCGGUUGUAUUACCUCAGACAGCCUAGACAUGAUAUGGGCAGUGUGGAGAAUCUGGUCGCCAACUACCUUAGACAGAAGAGAGCGCUUACUGGUGCGAAGAUGGGUGACAACCGGAAGCGGUGAUUGUUGCGGUUCCAACUGCUGUUGGGGUGGGCUUGAUGACUCGGACGCUCUCGAGGUUGCGACAACGGGCAUGAUUUGGGGCGAAUGUAUUUUUAUGUUAACUAGCAUGUGUAUAUUGGAUCUUAGGUCCGGGUGUUUUUCUUGUUUGC